AUGCACGAUUUUGUAGAGAUCGAUCGAAAGCAAAGUUCUGAAAGAAGUGGGAAGAGCAAAGAGCAAAGUGGAGCAAGACAGAUAAUAGGUGUUGUUGAACUUAGGCCAGAUGUACGGAAGAUAUCUUUCGUGGCUCACUCUUUAGGUGGUCUUGUUGCAAGAUAUGCUAUAGGGAGGCUCUAUGAGCAUUCUUCAAUAGGUCAAUCAGGUCAUAAUGCGAACUCUUUAAAUCUAGGGGACACAAUUUCUUCAAUUCAAUACCUUGAGCAGCCUUGUGAAGAUAGGAUUGCUGGACUGGAACCAAUGAAUUUUAUAACGUUUGCAACACCACAUCUUGGUUCAAGGGGACAUAAACAGCUCCAGCUUCUUGGUGGUCUUCCUUUUCUCGAGGAAAGAGCAUCUCAGACUGCACACUUGGUUGUUGGAAGGUCUGGAAAGCAUCUAUUUCUCACCGACAAUGAUGAGGGAAAAAUCCCUCUUCUUCUGAGGAUGGUUGAUGAUGGUGAUGACCUGAAAUUCAUAUCAGCGUUACGUGCAUUUAAGAGACGUGUGGCAUAUGCAAAUGCAAACUAUGACCAUAUGGUUGGUUGGAGAACAUCAUCAAUCCGGCGUCAGAAUGAACUUCCAUUGUCAAAUCUUCUUGUAAUAGAUGAGAAGUAUCCGCAUGUUGUAUAUAUCGAGAGGGAAACUACAAAGAAGAUCCAAAACCAAGGUUUCCCUAUUGCCGAGCCCAAACAACUGAUAUUGAAGAGGUGAUGAUUCAAGGUCUCACUCAAGUACCCUGGGAACGUGUUGAUGUAAGCUUUCAAAAAAGUAAACAACGAUACGUUGCACAUAAUACGAUUCAGGUAAAGAGCUACUGGUUCAAUUCUGAUGGAAGAGAUGUAGUUUUCCAUAUGAUCGACAAUUUCCUAAUCUAAUCCCGGAAGCGUGCUGCCGGUACUU